GUUUUGUUUAACCUCGUUAACACGCAGAAACAAACCUAUACUGCAAUAUCAUUAAAAGUGAUCACUCAAUAGUAUCAAAUGGAACGAUUAAAACCUCAUUUAUCUGCUAAAGAAAAAAGAGAUCGGAAAAAAAAUCUGAAAAAAAAUCGGAAUAGCAAUAAUGUUGUUGAUGGUCCCAGUACCAGUACUUUUGUCACCGAUCAUUAUACAUGGCCGGAUCUUUUGGAAUCUGUGAAUCGUCGCACCAAAAAUGGAUUUUCCUCGACAUCAAAUAAACGUUCACCCGUGGAGAAGGCUAAAAUUCCAUCAAAUACAUAUUUAGCCAACAAAGAAAAAAGAGAUCGAACUAACAAUCAGACUAGCCAUGGUAUUGGUGCUCCCAGUACCAGUACUUCUGUCACCGUUCAUAAUACGUUACCGGAUCUUUUGGAAUCACAACAACGGCAAUCCAACAAUAAUCAAAUUGAAGACAAAAAAUCAUCACUGGCCUGCAUAUCUCCGAUUACUUUUUCUGGAUCUACUGUUGCCAAUCCUGCUAAAAGAAAGAGAGAGCGUUUCCUCAUAUUGAAGCUGAACACUAAGUAG